AUGAAAUAUGAUUCCACCUGCCAUCUAGCACAGGAAAUUGCUGAAAGUAUUCAUGAACGUAAUAGACAGAAGAGGACAGGAGGUAAUCAUUCAAAGCUGAAUGUGACAAUUCGGACAUCUCUACAGAGGCUCCAAGAGCAGAUUAGCCAGUUGAAAGAUUCUUUGUUGCGCAGUUUGUCAACACGCCAGAUUACACAAUUUGAAGCAGACAGACGUCAAAAUUUGAUGGAUGAUUUGUUAACGAGAGAGCGACAACUUCAGACUUCGUUCAAGAAUGAUGGCACAGAGCCUAACGUAAUGAGGUCUAGCCUUAUGAGUGGAGAUCAAGGUACAGGUCCUAUCAAUCCUUGGUUAAUGGAAGAGUCAGAGGAGACUAAGGACCUUGAUUUUCAUGAAAUCAAGCAUCAACAACAGAGGAUCAUACAAGAGCAAGAUGCUGGCUUGGAGGCUCUGGUCACAGUGAUAGCCAGACAAAAGCAGAUGGGUCAAGAUAUUGGAAAUGAACUAGAUGAACAAAAUGAGAUCAUUGAUGACCUGACGCACUUAGUGGAUAAAACUGAUUCCAGAAUUCAACGUGAAACAAGACAAGUCAAACUGGUUGAUAAGAAGUCAGCCUCUUGUGGAAUGCUGGUGGUUAUUGUGUUGUUGCUGAUUGCCAUUGUUGUCGUUGCUGUCUGGCCAACAAGCUAAUGAAGGAAUACUGGCAUCAAACUGACUGGUGAAUAUGGAUUGGAUGCUGAAACUGAAAACUGAGCAACUUGUUCUUCAUGAAUUCCUGGGAUAACAUUUGGGAUAAGAAUCCCUAAACAAGCAAUAGAAUGUUUAAAUGUGUUUAUGAUAUUAUUGUCUUGCUAUUUGAGGUUCAUGAAAAAAUGGAUUGAUCAAGAUCAAAAGAAAACUCACACAGUAGAAUUCCCUUCCUGAUUUAAUUUCUGACUUAAAUUCAGAGAUGCGGGUUGAACUCUUAAGUCACUAGGAUAAUGCAGCAGCUAAGGCCUGUAAUUAAUAUACAGUUUUGAGCAUUUGCCUCUCAAAAGUUCUUCAGUCUGCACGUACAUAUAUUUUUUUCUUUACAAAGAUUGAGGGAUGCUCCAAAUGUAAGUAGUUUUUUCUUUGUUUCCCUUAUUGAAACAGAAUCAUUGUAUACAAGUUGAAUGCAGAUAAAUGCUUAAAUUAAAUAUAUUUUAGACUUGUUCUAAAUAAUUAACCAAUGGCAUGCUUAAAACUAUUCUAACUUGUUUUAUUAAUUUGUCUUUCCCUUCAUUUUGCUCUGUUUCUGAUUAUAAUUUUAUUCUUGUUUAAAGGAGGUGGACAUGAUCAUUUUAAAUCCUCAAGCAAUCUUGUUAAAUAAGGCAGUUUCUAUUGGCUCACGCUAUUACUGUGCUUUCCCAGGGAAAAAGCUUUUCUCAUUGCUUGUGGGGUCACUGAAGGGGCUCUCAGUAGGGCACAGGGAGUGUGUGCUGUCUCACUGCCUGUAAACAGUGUUGCUGUUCACACGCCUUCAUGAAAUUGAAACUUAGAACAAAUUGUUUUCAGUGGGGAAAUUCCAAUCCAACAGAACAUUAAUUACAAAUGAUUUUCUUAUAAUUUACUAACUUUAUUGUCUUCACUUACAUUAUGCAUUCAGUUUUUAUAAACAUUUGUUCAAAGUAUUUGCAAUAUUGGUCUAUGAAUAAAUAUUUUUCAACUCUGUUUA